AUGCCAGUGAUUCUAGGAAUUGGGCUCCUCUAUAGGGAGUCUAAACGCGUCAUAGAGUAUGAGGAAGAUGAGGCUGACCCCAAUACACCUUUCUACCUACCUGGUUCUGCUUUUGAUCUAGAAGUCUUGGUUUCUCUUGAUCAAGUUGUUCGGCAGGUCUUGGCCACAGUUGUUGAGCACAUAGAGAAGCUGGCAAAAGGGGGACUUGGUGAGGUGCCAGGGGAGGAGGUUGUUUUGACAAAGGGGAAGGAGAAGGAGAAGGCAAAGGAGACACAGGAGGAGCAGCAGCAGCAGCAGGAGCAUGAGGAGCAGGAGGAGCAGGAGCAGCAGGAGCAGCAGGAGGAGGAGCAGCAGCAGCAGCAGAAAGGGAGGAAGAGAAGAAUGCCCCAAGCUUCGACCAGUGAGUCUAAGAAGCCUAGGAUUGAGCCUGAAGUCCGCAGAUCAGGCAGGACAAGGCAACCUUCUAAGAGAGCCCAGAACUGA